AUGGAUGCCGCGCGGCCUGAUUCGCCGAAGUCUUUCCAGGACCGGCUCGGCAGCCCCGACUCCGUCAAGGUCGAGUUUGAUCGCGCUGCCUCUCCACGGCCACAACCCAGACGACGGCCUUUCUCUGCCAGAGGCAAGUUGCGAACGCGCCUCCCAGAGCAGUGGGAGGAAAUCCUGGAUUUGGUGCCGCCUCCGCGCCCCCCUCCUGUGACAGGUGGCGUGCGCACUUUCGACCACCUACCAGAACAAGCGUCUACAGCGGCUAAGGAGUUAGUCCAGAGGGCUGACUGGACGAUACGUCGCCUCAAGGUCGAUAAGAAGACCCUGCAGCUGAAGUACAACAAUCUGUUGGUUCCGGCAGGACAGUACAUCUCUUCUGCACGAUUCCAAUUAGGUCGAGAAACAGCAUCCUUGAGGUUCUGGCCAAAUGGGCUGUAUGGGAACGCCACGAAAACUGCGCGAAUGCGCAUGGACUUGGGGGGCCUGCACACCGACUCCUGGUGUGCCGUUGGCCUGGCAAUGCCAGAGGGCACCAGGCUUCGAUUUCGAUUUCAUGUGGGAGCUCUCUGGUCGGACAUCAGGAUUUGUCAUUGGCACGCAGCUGGAACGAUGGUUCAGCAGAUUUGGACACCUCCGCAGCAGGAGUUGGGAGAUCUGACAAACCUGAUCGUGGGCGUUGAAGUCUUGGAAGACCUGACGUCAGAUUCCCUGCCAGGUUUGACACCAAUGCCAUGGUUGAGGUCGCCACGCUUCCGCAGACUGCCAACUGUUGAUAACAAUCCUGUCCAAGAUCUGACCGACAGACAGAAGACUCUUCAGAAGGCUCAUGGGAUUCUGGCGCUAAAGGCACUGCGAACACAACGCGGGCUGGCAUUGCCAUCACCGAGAUUUGGAACUGGCCUGGAAUUGUUGCGCAGCUCCCCACGAUGUCGGAUGGCGCCAGCCAAUCAUGAACGAGGCAAUUGA